UCUGCCUGAUCCCAACCUGCGAUUGCUCAUUACCAACCUUGGCUUGUUCUCGACCAUGCUUUUUACCGACCUGAUCUCGAACCUGCGAUUGCUCUCAUUACCAACCUUGGCUUGUUCUCGACCAUGCUUCUGCCAUUACCGAUCCUCAACCUGCGACUGCUCAUUACCGACCUUGGCUUGUUCUCGACUACGCUUCUGCCUGAUCCCAACCUGCGACUUCUCAUUACCGACCUUGGCUUGUUCUCGACUACGCUUCUGCCUGAUCCCAACCUGCGACUGCUCGUUACCGACCUUGGCUUGUUUACUGACCACGCUUCUGCCUGAUCCCAACCUGCGACUUCUCAUUACCGACCUUGGCUUGUUCUCGACCAUGCUUCUGCCUGAUCCCAACCUGUGACUUCUCAUUACUGGCCUUGGCUUGUUUACUGACCACACUUUCGUUUGAUCCUUACCUGGUUAAUACGCUACUGAACCUCCGCUUGCUCACCUCCUGGUGGGGUGAUCCUGAGAACUGCGACCUGGUGCUAACCUGCCUGUGUACCUAUCCUAAUGGUUUCAGGUAAGCCUUUCCACUGCUAUAGCAACUGGCCUUCGAGCCUGACCCCUGAUCAUGACAAUG